CAAACUGGCCCGGCCAUUGGGUAGUUCUUAUUGUCCAACCCUGCUUAACUGCUUAUAAUCAUACAUUGCCAGUCUAGAUAUCCAACCCCCUAUCAUAUACUGUGAACUUGAUUAACCAGUUUAUAUGUUUUGAAAGCAGUUGAAGCUACAGAGUACAGAGUGCAAACUAGUUUAAAAACACAGCUCCGUUAGUACCUGCAUCUAUCUGUGCUAGUGUAAUCCUCGUUUGUGGGACACACUGACUUUAAGGGACACACAACUGCUAAUUUCUCUCAGGGGAUCUUAAAAGAGAUGGAGUUCCCAUUGACAAGCAUUAUACGACUGACAGACCGCAACGGUUGGAGUUAAAAAUCAUCAUUUGUGUUCUACUGAAGAAACAAAAUCACCUACAUCUUGGAUGCCCUGGGGAUCACAAAAUGUCAAGCCUAAAUUUCAAAGGAUAUUCACUGCUUCAUCUGGUUACUAUAUUGGCAUUUGCAGGUCUCAUCUCUGUGUCUAACCUCUAUUACUGGUUCUCAGCUCCAAACUACUGUGCAGCUCCACUGCCCAAUCCGAAACGAUACUUGGACAACUAUAUUGGCAAGAACGGCAGCUUCUCAGAAGAUAAACCUAUUCUUCUACUAUGGUUCUGGCCUGAAAAUUUCAGGUUUGAUCUGAGUGAUUGCAAACCAGUUUAUAAUAUCAAUGCUUGCCAUUUGACGGAAAAAAGAUCCCUCUACAGCAAUGCAGAUGCUGUCCUCAUUUAUCACAAAUCCAUCAGUUGGGACCUGUCCAAUCUUCCUCCAUCUCCUCGUCCUCCGUUCCAGAGUUGGAUAUGGUUUCAUUUAGAAUCCCCAACCAACACACGAAAAAUACCAGGUCUGGAAAACUUGUUCAAUCUCACUCUCAGCUACAGACGUGAUGCUGACAUUACUGUACGGUUGAACUUGAGCGCCAGGAAAAAAACAAAUGAGAAUUUUGUAAUUCCCAAAAAGGACAAACUGGUGUGUUGGAUUGUGAGUAACAAUGCUGCCUCAACGGGCGUCGGCACAAGGAAACAGUUUUACCAAGAAUUCAGCAAACACAUCGAAGUGCAUAUGUUCGGGAGGGCGUAUUCAUCAUUUCUGGAUUAUAACGACUACUAUCCUACCUUGGCGAGCUGCAAGUUUUACCUUUCCUUUGAGAACUCCAUCCACAAGGACUACAUCACGGAGAAGAUCAAUGGGCCGCUUUCUGUAGGUACCGUCCCUGUGGUUUUGGGUUCUCCGAGAAAAAACUAUGAAAAAUUUGUUCCCGGCGAUGCCUUCAUUCAUGUGAAUGACUUCCCAGAUGCAAAGUCACUGGCAGAAUAUCUGCUUCAGCUGGACAAGGACGACGAAGCAUAUGGCAGGUUCUUUACCUGGAGGAAACCUUUCACUCCAACUCCUCAUUUCAUACAAACCCAAGAGUUUGUUCUGCCUAUUUGCACUGCCUGUGACUAUAUAGCAAGACAGAGAGAAUAUAGAGAAUUUCAUGAUCUCUAUGAGUGGUAUUUCAAUUGAUAUCACAUCAGAUUUUGUUACAAACAGGGAUAUUUCAUAGAGGGGUUUUGAUAAUCAUUGCUAAUGGAUGUUAAAUUACAUUACUGUUACAAGGACAUGCCUCCACGCUAUAAAGCACAUUUAUUUGAAUCUUUUGUUUGUCAGCAGGUUUGCAUUAAUUCAAAUGUCUACAACAUUUUUAUGUUAAUGUAAUUUCAACAUUUACAAAUUCAUGUUUAAAAUCAAUUGGUGUACUCAUUAACAUGAGUUAACGCACUUAGAACAAAUAAGAAAAAACAACGAACAGCCAUGUUAUUAACUAACAUUUGUAAAGAUGAAAAAUAAAUACUUUAUCAAAUGUA